ACACUCGUAGAACUGUACAUCUACGUCGUAUCUACGCACAUCAUUCCGCCCAAUAAAUAAUUAUCUAUAAAAAUAUUUUGAUCGAUUUAAUCAAUAUUUUAUUUUGAUUUGAAUUAGAUGUGCUACGUCAUUCCCAAUUAACACAGCAGCAGGGUCAGUCCGGCAAUAUCUUAUCAUAUGUCGUUAUAUGUUUGUGCUUCAGAUUCAGUGAAGCCAGUUGACGCUCUGCGACUUGUGAAUGAAGUAUCUACAAUUGGAAUAGUGGUCGAUAUUUUUUUAUUAUCGGAUCUCAUUAUAUAUACCUACCUACAAUUACAUAGAAGAGACUUAAAAAUUUGUAAAGUUAAAUUUAAAUAUUUUUCGUAAUUUCCGAAGUGAAAUAUAAGAAAGUGACAUAAAAAUGCCGAUGUAUCGUGGCCAGAUGUUCGUUAAAUGGGUGUUCGAGAAUCAGCACAAAUUUCAAACAGUUCGUAGGUGUAGCUCCUCGCUACGUUACAAGGAGGUGGAAGAAAGUGCAACGCAAACACCACCUGAGCACGUGGCGUCCCCUGUGAACACAGCUACACCUUCCGUCAACCCACGUCCACAAAUCACCCCAGAAAUUUCUUUCAAGUAUGACGAUCUGCAAGUUACGCUGGCCGCGCCCUAUCAGCUUCAGCCCAAGCCUGAAGUGACCGACCUUGGCUUUGGACGAUACUUCACCGACCACAUGCUCAGAAUACACUAUCACAAAGAUCUUGGUGGUUGGCAGAAACCAGAAAUAACACCAUUCGAAAAUUUGAGCAUUCAUCCCGCUGCUAAAGCUCUACACUACGCCGUUCAAUUGUUCGAAGGAUUAAAAGCAUAUAGAGGAGUAGACGACAAGAUUCGAUUGUUUCGACCAGACUUGAAUAUGGAAAGAAUGAAUUUGGCAGCACAAAGGUCCGGUCUCCCGAUGUUCGACGGCGACGAGUUAGUGAAAUGCAUGUCGCGGCUAAUCCAAAUAGACCAGGAGUGGGUACCGCACUCUGAAACCUCUACACUUUAUAUACGACCGACAUUAAUAGGCACAGAGCCAACAUUUGGAAUAAUGGCUCCAGAUUCGGCUAUGCUUUUCAUCAUUUUGAGCCCUGUAAGCACGUAUUACAAAACCAGCGGUGACGGUGCAGUAUCAAUUUUCGCCGAUCCAAAUGUUGUUCGGGCUUUCCCCGGUGGAGUGGGAAACAGAAAAGUUGGCUCCAACUAUGGACCUACCAUAGAGGCAACGGCUCGUGCAGCAAAAUUGGGCCAUCACCAAGUACUGUGGUUAUUCGGACCCGAGCACGAGCUUACUGAAGUCGGCGCUAUGAACAUAUUUUGUGUCUACGUUAAUGAACAUGGAGAUAAACAACUGAGUACACCGCCAUUAAACGGGCUCAUUUUACCGGGUGUGACGCGUCGAUCGAUUCUCGAGCUCGCAAGCCAGUGGGAGGAUCUCACUGUCAAAGAAGAAGUGCUGACCAUGAAUCGUAUUAUAGAACUUAAUAAUAGUGGACGGUUGCUGGAGAUGUUCGGGGCAGGUACAGCCGUAGUGAUUAGUCCAAUUAGCAGAGUUGGAUAUCUAGACCAUGACAUCCGGAUCCCAACUAUGAAACAAUCUCAACCAGUGUUCCAGCGAGUGAAAGACACAUUGCUAGCGAUACAGUAUGGCCACAUUGAGCACCCAUAUGCGACAGUCAUCUCAUAGUGCUCGCUCCUUAUUUAAGAAAAAUACACUGCGAACGCUUUUUUCCAUAAGUGACAUAAGUGAUUCUGUGUGCUGUGAACAAUAAUGUCACCCCACGAACGGAUUACAAGAAUUUCUGUGGCUAAAACGUUGUGUAUGAACAGUAAGUUAUAUGAACUGAUAACAUUUGAUGAUAUAAGGUUACAUAUAAUGAUGGAGCAAAUAAUUGUAUGUAUAUACAAUUAAUUUUAUAUAUGGAGCACUUAAUUUUAAAAUUUUAUAUUGUUAUCAUGUUAACAUUAUUAUUUAUUUUGAUAUCGCUAUGUAAAUGUUUAAUUUAUGAAUUAUCUAUUGUCGUAACCAAAUGUUUGUACUUUGAUGCAUAAGCUUAAUUAUUUAAAACCACGGUACAACCAAAAUUAUUUGGCA